AUGGACGGCGGCGCGACGGCCGCGGCGCUCGGCGCGUGGGAGGCUGUGCAGGGCUUCUUCACGCCGGCCACGCUCUUCCUCACCGUCAACCUCGUCAUCGGCACCAUCCUGCUCACCUCCCGCUCCCACCAGCGCCGACGCCAGGGCGGCCACGACGGCGACCACCAACAAGAACCGCUCCACCACGUGGAGCCGCAGCAGCAGCAUCAGGAGGAUCUGUACUACCGCGACCAGCAGCACGAGCAGCAGCAGCAGUACGUGCCCCCGCCGCCGGCGCCGGCGCCGCUGACGCGCACCUCGUCGGUGCUCGACCGCCUCCGCUCCAUCGGCCUCUACCGCUUCCGCUCCGGCGACUUCCCGCCCGAGUACGCCGCGGGCGCCGUGACCGACUCGCGGGAUGUGACGGCCUCUCCGGAACCGGAACCAGCGCCGACGGCCGGAGACGCCCACCACGCCAGGAGGCGGUCCGAGCCCCCGGCGCGGGUGGAGAGGAGGCGGGCGCCGCCGUCGAAGAUGAAGAGGUCCAGCUCCGAGGCGAGGAGGGCCGAGGUGGCCCCGGCGCCGGCGGCUCGGGUGGUCCAGCCGGCCGUGCUGGAGGAGGAGGAGCACGACGACGACCUCGUAGAGCACGCCGCGAGGUCGGACACCGAGUUCACUGACAACUACAACAGCUUCACGACACCGCCGCCGGAGCAGGAGCCGGAGGAGGAGCAGUACUACCGCGAGGAGUACGUGCCUCCAUACAGGCCGGCGCCGCUGGCGCGCGCGCCGUCCGUGCUGGAGCGCCUGCGCUCCUUCAGCCUCUACCGCUUCAACUCCGGCAACCUGUCCCCCGAGCUCUCCCCCUCGCCGGACCAUGCCCCGCCGCCACCACCGCCGGAGGUGGAGGAGGGCGGCGUGGACGCGCGGGCGGACGACUUCAUCAACAGCUUCCGGAAGCAGCUCCAGCUGCAGCGGCUCAACUCGCUGCUCAACUACAAGGAGGUGCUCAACCGCGGCGCCAAGUAG